GCGAGGCGCCACCAACCGAGUUGACAUCAAGCGAGAAUAGUUCCUCCUACAUCAUCAUCAUUAUCAUCACUGUUUCCACCUCUGCUUGCCUACUCAUUGCCGCGACCAUAGUCUUUGCUACAGUAAAAUCGAAAAAGAAGGCCCAGCGUACGGGACCAAAUAAAGAGGAAAACCUGCCGGACGUCCUUUUGGAAAAGGGCGACUUUCCAAUGAAUUAUAUCUAUACAUUAGCAGCGACUUCCGUCAUCAUUUUUAUCGUUAAUGUCUUCAUCAUGUUGUGGUACAUAGUACGAAAGCGAAAUAAAGCUCGUAUUAAUAAGUCGCAGACCGCAGAUAUGUACGCACCGUCCACCGUCAAUGGCGACACCAUGACCGGCGAAUUAAGUUCAAUGUCGGAUGAGAAAAGCGACGUCAACUUCGACGCUAAUGAUUACGUGGACGAAGGACGGAAGACCGCAGCUAGCACGUAUUUAAUAGAUCAAACUAUCCAGGAUUUCGGGAAAGGCGGUUUAGAGAUGCAGGUUCAUCAGGGCACCCUCGGUCGUCGCAGCAAUCACAUGCAAACAUCCAUGAAUAUGGACUCGCCGCCCCAGCGAACUACCGCUAGCGGGACUCUCUCAGUGUCAAAGUCGAGUUACAUCGGUAAUCCGAGCCCGGCGCCGCCCAAUGAUGUGAGCUUCUACAGCGUGGAGAUGGACAACGGCGGUCGGGGCUACAUAAGCUACGACAGCAAUCCGAGUCCGGCGCCUCCCGUCAUCGGCGAUCCAUCUGGCGGGCCUUACUACCCCACGUCGAUGGGCUCGACUGGUCAUAUAAUGGGCGGGCACUUGGUGGGUGCUGGUACUGGCACCCUGACGCGCACCAGGACGCUGCCGCGUCCUGUACCUCCGCCCGACGUUACCGUGAUGACCGCGGGCACCAAGUCGCCGAUACCGCCGUCAGUACCGCCGCCACCGGCCACGUUCGCCCGGGUCGGCGCCAACGGUGGGUCCCAUUCGCACCCGCAUUCGCACCCGGCCCCCCCGCCACCGCCCUGCCAGAGCCACCCGCUGUCAACGUUCGCGGCAACACCGAGUUAUUCCGACAUCGAUGGCCAUCUUGUCUGAGGCUCACCAAUCUUCGGGCCCAGCUCGGUGCGCGGCAAAUACCGCGCCGUCGCCCAGGACGACGACGAGGAUUGUCGACCGGUCGCGGUCACGGAGAGGAGCACGCGUCUUUGAACGACGCGGAGUGUCGUGAUGACGGAUCCUCUUCUAAAUCAUUCGCAUCGUUGAAAUCGUCACCGAUCAUCUCCCUGAGCGACGACGAGCAGGUUCGCGAACGACGGCAUCACGGCUUGAAGAUCCUACAGCACUCAUCAUCAUGCAUCUAAACAAUCUCCGAGGACUCUGUUUGGUGCACGAGAACGAAAGUGUGUAAAUAGAAAAAGACAGAAAGGGAGAGAAUGAAAAGGAUACUGAGAGACGAGAACGGUGCACCAGAUAAACAUGCUGUAAACACGCCUUUCCCUUCCAUGCGGCUACUUUCUAGAUGAGAGGAGACAUGCGCGGGGCUCUCCUAUGCGAUUGAAUUCUAAUCUUAGGAAUAUAUGUAUAAUCGAAUGAGCGAUGGCGAUCCUAGAGAAAGAGAGAACGAUCACGCUAGCACGCGUGAGCGUACUCCAAAAAAACCUCGAAGGAUGAUUUUACUGUUCCAUUUCCGCUAUUCUGCCUCUUCCCCCAACUUUACCAUUUCUCCCAGACAGCAGACAUGUCCAAAAGACAUCUAAAAGACGACUUAAAGACGUCUUAAAGUCCUUUAGACAUCUUCAAGACAUCUUUUGGCCUUUUCGUGCUGUCUGGGUACUCUAACUCAUUGUCUUUGUCUGCUCGCCUUAGCGUUAGUUGAUAUCCGCUAACACAGCGAUCAUAGCGUAAUCAAUGCUUACGAUCGAAGCUCCAAAUCGAUAUACCGAUUUUAUCGAGGAAAGUAUAUUUUCUGUAAAUACACACGUAAUCAGAAAGAUAGAUGAAAAAAUACUCGCGGCAAUAAUUUCGUUCUUUGGUUACUUCAUGUCAGUAUAUAUUUAUCGUAACAAUUAUGUUUAGAUAUCACUAUGCAGGUAUCAACGACAGUCGAGAAAUUCGCGAGACAUCUUUGAAAUGUCACCCGAAAAGUGAUUUUCUUCACUCCGAACGUGUGAUUGACGCUGAAAUAAUUCUAAAUCUGAAAUCACAGAUCUUCACGAUCAACACUGAUAUUAUUAUUGUCAGUAUAAAUAUCAAACGGAUUUACAUCCGUUUUCCUUGGUACUAGAAUAGCUAACCCCAUUCCAUAGCUUAAAGUUGGAAGGACGAAAAUUUCGAAAUAUUUGAUUGAUCUCAUAUUAUAAGGAAAAGUAUAGAUUAAAUUUGUUAUUAAAUUAUCAAUAGAAAAAUCGUGUUAAUAUAGCAUUAAGCAUUAUAGGAAAAUAUUAUAAAAUAAUGCUGAGUAGCAUUUAUACUGUAUUUUACAUGCAAAAUGUUAUUUUUCUCUUUCAAUUUUUAACUUGCAAGUCCUAUUUUUAGAAUUUGCAAUAUCCCUCCUUUACAUUUAUAUAAGUUUAUCCAUCUGUCUUCCAAUUUAUAGGCUGAAUUGGUUAUUCCAGUUCCAAGGUAUUGAUACG